GGAAUAGAAAGAUUACUGUUAACAAGGCUGUAUAGGUUAAACGUUCAUAUUUUUGUCAACUGUAAAAUGGAUUUGGAUACGUAUUCGAAAAUAUAACGAACUUCAUCGCCGGAAGUUACAUCACCUCCGCCAUUAAAAUAGGCAAGGACCUUGGUCUGUUCGAUGAGCUGAAAAGACUUGAUAAACCGGUGUCUUCACUGCAGCUAGCAGACGCAUGUAAUCUGAAGGAGAGGUAAUUAUAAGCGUCUACAUUGAUGUACGGAGAUGGACAGCCAUGGUUAAUGUGAGCAGAGUAUGUCCGGGAGUGGCUGGGCUGUAUGGUAGCCACCAGGAUCGUGUCAUUAGAUGACUCCGACCUUUACUACAUCCCCGAAACACUCAAACCAGGAAUUAAUGGAAUCGACUUUUCCUUGUUCCUUCCUAUGGUAGGAAUGAUGACGAAUAAAGCGAUGAACUGCUUUAAAAAGGACGGGCCUGAAGGUUAUGGAUAUGAUGAAAUGCCCCCUGAGGUAAUUGACAUCUUGGACGCUAGAACAGCGGACCCGGACACGACAGUGAAGGCGCUGACUGUUCCAGUUAUGGAGCACACAAGUAAGGGGUCGCUGACCACAAUACUCGAUCUUGGAUGUGGAGCAGGACAUAUAUCUAGAGCGCUAAGCAAGUGUUUUCCAGGCCCAGAUAUAUACGCUGUUGACUACUGCGAAGUUGCGAUUACCAAAGCACUCUCCAAAACCCAAGAUGUUAAAAAUGUGAAGUUUCUAAAAGAAAAUGUUACAUCAUUGCCCGCCGCAUGGACACGCAAGUUUGACUGGGUGAUCUUGUAUGAUGUUCUUCAUGAUCUUCCAGAUCAUGUAAAUGCCAUGAAAGAGGUUGACCGCGUCUUGAAGAACGACGGGGUCGCGUCCAUCGUUGAUCCAGAUGUUCACAGCAAGCACAGAGACAAUAUAGGAAAUAACAAUGUGGCUGGUGUAGGGUUUGCCUUAAGUGCCCUGAUUUGUCUUCCUUGUAGUCUGUCGACAGAUGGCGCCUCUGGUCACGGCGUAGGCUGGGGAUCAGAAAACAAAGAACAAUUUUUGACCAGUUCUGGCUGGCGGGUUAAAGACAAACGCAAUAUCGGGGAUACCAAAAUCGUUUUACCCUACCGCCACGGGAGUCGUAUCGUUUAUUAUCCAGAUACUUUUUUAGAUAUAAUUAUCCAGAUAAAUUGGACUGAUUUUCCCUGAACAAUAUAAGCAGUUCAAACAUUAUAUGUCUACGAAAUGUCAAUUCCAAUUAAAGGAGUCAAGAUUAUAGUUGUCCCAUGUUAUGUAUAACUUCGGAUUUUAUUCAUAUUAUGACCACAGCUCUCGCUGCUUUGCACAUUUUAUGU